CGCUCCGGCUGCGCAGCCGCAGUAGCGCGUUGGAGUCCCCUCCAGCGAGGGAAGGUGAGAGGAGUCGGGCAGACGCGGCUCGCAGUGGCCGCAGCCGGGCGGGUUCCUUGACGCCGCUUGCAGCCGCCGCCGCCGCCGACUCUGGCCAUGAGUCCCGACGAGAAGCCGCCGCCGACGAGCCGCUCCCGGAGCAGCCGGACGCCUCAGCAGCCGCGCCGCGGGGGGCUUUUGACGGAGAUCCGGACCCCCGUCCUCACCGAGCCUUUCCAGGAGCGCUACAGCCUCAGCCCCGGCCGGGAACUGGGCAGGGGGAAAUUUGCAGUGGUAAAGAAAUGCAUAAAGAAGGAGACAGAAAAAGAGUUUGCAGCAAAAUUUAUGAGAAAAAGACGAAAGGGUCAAGAUUGCCGGAUGGAGAUAAUUCAUGAGAUAGCAGUUCUGGAAUUGGCACAGCGUAACCAUUGGGUUAUUAACUUGCAUGAAAUCUAUGAGACACCAACAGAAAUGAUCCUGGUUUUAGAAUAUGCUGCUGGAGGGGAAAUCUUUGACCAGUGUGUAGCUGAAAGAGAAGAUGCUUUCAAGGAGAAAGACGUUAAGCGUCUCAUGAGACAGAUCUUGGAAGGGGUUUCAUUUUUGCACCAUAACAACGUAGUUCAUCUUGACUUGAAGCCCCAGAACAUUCUGCUCACCAGUGAUUCACCUUUGGGAGACGUUAGGAUAGUUGACUUUGGUCUUUCCAGAGUAAUGAACAACAGUGAAGAGCUACGAGAAAUUAUGGGGACACCUGAAUAUGUUGCUCCAGAGGUCCUGAGCUAUGAUCCAAUCAGCACUGCAACAGAUAUGUGGAGCAUUGGAGUACUAGCGUAUGUCAUGCUAACAGGAGUCUCUCCUUUCUUGGGAAAUAAUAAACAGGAAACAUUCCUAAAUAUAUCUCAGAUGAAUGUAAAUUACUCUGAAGAUUUUGACCUUAUAUCAGAAUCUGCUGUGGAUUUCAUCAAAGCACUUCUGGUUAAAAGACCUGAGGAACGGGCAACAGCGGAAGAAUGCUUGUUACAUUCAUGGCUGGCACAAACGGAUGGUCCUGACACUCUGUGCUGGAGUAAGAACAUAGAUGGAGGAGCAGAUACUGCAAUUGUAAAUGAGGAAGAUUCCGCUUCUGUUUUUUCUCCAUCCACAGAAAUUUCAGAAGACUCAGUAGUGACUGAAGAGCUCAUUGUAGUCGCUUCAUAUACACUGGGACAAUGUAGGCAAUCGGAAAAAGACAACAGUGUGGAACAAAAAACCAUUUCCAAGCGGUUUAAGUUUGAGGAGCCGUUGUUGCAAGAAUUGCCUGGAGAAUUUAUUUACUGAAUUGUGACUUUGCUUCGCCCCUUGAGACUUUGAAACUAAUAUGGGAGACGGGUCUUUUGUCUCUCGCAUUUUACAUAUAGCCAUGUGUGUAUAUCUUUGUAGAUACAUGAGGAAAAUAUUAAAAGCCAACUAGAAAACUGUGCCAACCUCUUUACUUUUAAUGGAAGUAAGUAUAUGAGAGGUCUUCUGUGGAUGUAAGAGUGUAAAGCAAUGGUGGUUGUUUCUGUUGGUUAGUUUAAAGCUUUUGUAUUUGCUGUUUAAUUUGUCGGUCCUCAUGGUUGCAGGUUUACUGUAUGCACACAAAAAAUCAGGUUUUUUUUAAAUUUGAGUGUUAUAAGGCUUGUAAAUUUUGGGUAUUUACAAAAAAGCCAAAUCUCCAUGCUGGGUUUAUUUAGGAAUUCUGAAAGUAUUGGGCUCCGUUGUACCCUACAGGGAAUUUUUCUGGAGCUGGGGGGCGGGGGCUCUUUUUCUAAGAGCAUGAAGAGGCAAUUCUGCAAGAGAGCCAAUCAGCAGUGGGGGGAAAAAUGCACAACAGAAGCAGCAAAAAGCAACCCCCCCCCCCCA